CCGGGGGCGGGCACUGCGCCUGUGCGGCCGCGGGGCGCCGCGGAGCCGAGCGGAGCCCCGGCGGGACGCGGCGGCGGCACCAGCACCGGCGGGAAGAUGGCGGAGCCGGGGGCUGCGCGCAGCCACCCGCGGGCCACAGCCAUUGAUGGAUUUUUAAAAACUGAUGAAAGACAAAGACUGGCAAAGGAAAGAAGAGAAGAAAGGGAGAAAUACCUUGCCGCCAGGGAACAGCAGAUACUGGAGAAGGAGAGAAGAGCAAAACUUCAGUAUGAGAAGCAAAUGGAGGAGCGGUGGAGAAGACUGGAGGAGCAGAGGCAGAGGGAGGAGCAGAAGAGGGCAGCUGUUGAAGAAAAACGGAGACAAAAGCUUAAAGAGGAGGAGGAACGUUUAGAAGCCAUGAUGCGUCGGUCCCUUGAACGCAGCCAGCAGCUGGAACAGAAGCAGAAGCGAUGGUCGUGGGGAGGAGCACUGGCUGCAGGCUCAGGAGGGAGAGAUGGUGAAUCAGAAAAUACCCCACCCCCUGUUCUAGGUUUAGCUGCCAACACCCUUCCUCCAGACCCUGUGACCUCUACUGCUCCUGCUGAUUCCUUCAAUGCAUGUGACAAACUUUCAGCUUCUACAAUGAAUCUGCCAAAGCAAAUGGACUCGCCAAUCAGUAAGCGCCUCUCCUCCUCCACCGCGGCCAUAACACAUUCCCCCGACAGAGCUCACCGCAUGCAUCUUAGUCCAAUGGAAAACUUUAUUGUUUCUCGACUGCUGACUCCCACACAGUCAUCUUUAGCCAGAAGCAGAAGUACAUUAAUGCUUUCUGAGCAGUACAAUACUCCAGUAUUCCAUAUCUGUCCUCGUGUAGCACCAGCUAGUCCUCUUAAGUCUCCCUACAAGGCUUCUCCCACUCGGAGCACGGACAGGAAGAAGGCGACUUCACCCUCCACCUCCAGUGCCAUGAAAGGGGCGCCUGCAGCCGAAGUUACUCAGACUGAGAAGAUAAAGAAAGAGAAGCGACCCACAACACCUGGUUCCUCAUCUGGUAUGGGAUCUCCUCUGAGAAGGUCUGAUUCUCCUGCUGCCAUGUCCAGAAGAUCUGCAUCACCUGCAACACCUAAGACAGUUGCAAAGACUUACCCACAGUCUCCUAAAAACACCAAACAAUAUCCAGCUUCUCCUGUGAAGCAUCGUGCCACUUCUAAUCUCAACCAGGAAACUCCUAAAAAGAAAGCAGACAAGGAGAAAGAAAAUGCCGGCCAUCAGAAGUCCCCAGGAGCGCGCCCUGACGAGGCAGGCCAGGUGGCUCCUGAGAAGCACGUGCCUUCUGCUGGGAAGACUGAGAAUAGUGAAGGGAAGAUCACGGCAGGAACAAGUGAUGCAGAAGAAGCUUCAAAAAUUUUAGCUGAGAAAAGACGACAGGCCCGCCUGCAGAAAGAACAAGAAGAAAAGGAGAGGCAGGAAAGAGAAGAACGGGAAAGGCUUGAAAGAGAGGAACAGAAAAGAAAGGCAGAAGAAGAAAGGCUUCGUCUGGAAGAAGAAGCUCGUAAGAAGGAGGAGGAAAGAAAACGUGAAGAAGAAGCAGCCAGAAAAAAGGCAGAAGAGGAAGCCAGGAGAAGAGCUGAGGAAGAACAAAUGCUAAAGGAAAAGCAAGAAAAAGAGCUCCAGGCCAAGCUUGAGAAACAGAGGGAAGAAGCAGAAAUCAAAGCCCGUGAGGCAGCUGAACAACUUCGUCUUGAAAGGGAACAAAUCAUGCAGCAAAUUGAGCAAGAAAGACUGGAACGGAAGAAGAGAAUAGAUGAAAUAAUGAAGAGAACAAGGAAGAGCGAAACACCAGAAAUAAAGAAGGAAGAGCCCAAACUGGAGAUACCAUCAACUUUGAAUGUGGAAAAGCAACCAAAGGCACUUGUUCUCAACCAGCCAGAGAUCAAUGGAUUGGCAACCUGCCUGAAAAGUAAAAGCUUAGAAAGUGCUGCUUCUAUAAUCCCUUCCCAAGAUGUAGUUGCUAAUGGACUGAAGUCAGUUCCAGGACUUAUUCAGCUGGAAGCUGUUGAUGGGAAAUCAAACAGCAUGGAAGAUUCAACAGAUGAGGUUCAGUCCAUGGAUGUGAGCCCUGUUUCAAAAGAAGAACUCAUCUCUAUUCCCGAAUAUUCACCCAUGAAUGAACUUAUGCCGGGUGUUUCUUUGGACCAAAAUGGGACAAGUAAUGCCAAGGCUCUUGAAGACCUCUUGGAUUUCACAGGACAAGCUACCUACUCCAAGACGUCCAGUGAUACCAUUAGCCUAGAUGACUGUAACAAAAACUUGAUUGAGGGAUUUAACAGUCCAGGACAGGAAAAUACACUUAAUUCUAUCUGUUGACAGCCUCGCUUUUCAGCAGAACAGAUACAGGUACAGUAUUGUGAUAAACAUCUUAGAUACAAUAAAUUGCUGUGAUUACUUACUAGCUUCUCAGAAACAUUCAACAGCUGUACACAGCAGUGUGGGGAGAGGAAGAAAGCUGGUCUCCUAGAUCUUUAAAUUCAGUAUAAUCUUUCCUAUUUGCAAAUUGGCAUCAUAUGCAAACUGACUGUAUCGUAGCAACCACAAGUACCUGGUAAAUGGGAACAUUUCCUUUAUGCAUUCGGAAUAUAAUGAGGAGGGUUGUUUUUUUCUUCAUUAAUACAAUACCUUUCCUGUAUAUCUUUGGAGCCUGUUUGCAUGAAGAAAACAGUUAAAAGUGGGGUCAGCCUAGGAAGUGGUAGUUAUUGUUGCUGCUUACUCCUUCCAGCUGCUGUAAAUACUUGCAGCACGGUGUAGAAAUCACAUAUCCCAAAAAGCCAGCAUAGUAAAAAAUCACAGCAGGCUUCAGUGACAGUUUCAAAGUACAGUACCACAGUCAGUCUUCUUGAAAGAGUAUAUUCUAAAUUACAAAACUGAGGUCAUCUAACUGGUGUGGUUGACUUGAUAUUCUUGUCUCUCUAAUUGACAGUGGUAACAAUUCGUGGAGGAUUUAUAUCCCUGUGACGCUACUGGCAGUAAAAUAUGAGCUUGUCACUUGAAAAAGCUUUCUGCAGUCCUUGAACACUGGAUUCCAAAUAAUCAGAGCUGAAUAUAACUUGUCUUCCCAGGGAAAUAAAUAUCUUGAGUAACUGGCUGCUUUUGGUAAAAACCAAUGAUCUAGAGCCUUGAUGGUUUCAGGGAAGACGGAGUGUGCAUUAGAAUUUGAGCUUUAGCUGCUAAUAAAGCACUUACUUUUUCUUUUAAUUUAAAAUUUAUCUCAACACUUCACUGUGAUUUUUACCUGUGCAUUUUAUUUUGAAAUAAUUCUUCCCUAAACUUUAUCAUACACCCAUUUAGACAUCUUUUUCUUGUAAAUAAUGAUGGGGUUUGCCCACAGUGCAUUGAAACAAAAUAAUAUACUGUACUUUAGUUUUGUGCCUAUCUUUUUUGUCUCUAAUAAGGAAUUAUUGGCAACUUUUAUGAGGUGUAUAAUUCAAAACUAUAACUGAAGAGGCUUGAAAAACAUACAGCUGCUGGAAUCAAAAGAGCCUUCUUAUUGACUGUGGAGUGUGGGAACUAUCCCAUUACGGUUACAUUGACACUUUUAGUCACUAGUGGCACUUACUGGUUAAUAUUAAUUAGUCCGGGAGCAACUAUCAACUGUGUGUUUAAAAACAUGUUUGUGUAACACCUGUAAGCAAAGUAGGCAGAAUGCCUGGUGUAAUCCCAUAAUAUAUAUGUAGUAUAGCUGUAGUAGAUCCAAGUGAUGGUCAGGAGGGUGAGAUAAUAUGUUCACUUUUGAAGAUGCAGACACUUGAUUGAUACCACCAGGCUUUCGAUCACACAGAGAAGUAUUUUGUAUUCUGUAGUCUCAACAAAAUGAGAUUUAGUGAGCAGCAAAACAAUAUGUGAAUGUUGCAGCAGAAACACAAAGGCCAAGACACGUGGGGGGAACUGAGGGGCCCUUAACAUUCUGUAUGGAACAGUUCACAUCAGGAUGUACGAGGUCUGGGCAUCAUGUGCCAUACAAUGUUAACUUUAUUUCUGUUGGUGAACCUUUAUGCUAGAUCAAGUGCUGCUUUAAGGAUAUUUUUGUUCUGUUCCUUAUAAGAAUGAAUUUUAAAUACAACUCUCUUUGGACACUAACACAAAAGAAGUGAAAACUUGAGGGGGUGGUGUUUUUUUUUAUUUGUUUUUGUUGGGUUUGUUUGUUUGUUUGUUUUUGGGGUUUGUUUCCACAUGUAAGGGAGUUCACAGUAUAGACUGAGCUCAGUUGUAGCACUGUUCUUGUGUUCUUUAAAGUCAGCAACGGGAAAGUAACCAGUGGUAUUAUGUGCAAUGCAUAAAGAAAUCAUACCUACAACAACCCAGCUUUAUUUAUGUUAGUGUUCUUCAAAGAAAUACUUUCUUUGGACUGUGCAGUAAGCUGUAGCAUGGUACUGUGUCUUCCAAAUUAGUCCUUCAUCUAUUUCCUAAAUAAUAAACAGAAACAGUUUGUUUUGCUGUAAUACAUUGUGUUUGACAAAUGUCAUAUUAUAUUUUAUUAUGGUGUCAUUGUAUAACCUGUAGAUUUCUGUAUUUGCAUGACCUGUAUAGCAUGUAUAAAGGUGAAAUACAUUUUCAUUUAUGAA